AUGGACUCUGAACGACAGUCGCUUCUUGAGCAGAAACGACAGCGGCUCCAAGAGCUUAAACGGAGACGCCAGCUUGGAAGUCCAAGUAAAGAGAUCAAUCUGCUUGAUGUGGAUAACAUUUUGGAGACCACUCCAGGUAAAGUAGACAUUGCUAUUCAGACUGACACAAUUAUUGAAGAUAAGGACACUGUGGCCAACUCUGACACGGUGGUUAAUGUCCGAUUCAAGAAGCAUUUGGAAGACAUUCAGUGUAAUCAGGGUAUUCAAACAGUAGAGUCAUUCUUUGAGUCAAUAGAAGAAAUUGAACAUGAUGAUGGUGACGAUGAUGGUGGUGAUGAUGGCGAUGAUGGUGAUGAUGAUAAAGCAACGGUUUUGGAUACGCAGAUUGAGGAUUCCAAUGCAGCACUCAAGUCGUUGUAUCAAGAGGAAAUACAAGAGCCUACUGUUUUCGAUGAGUAUGAUGUAAGCUUUACUGCUAAUGGGACCAAUACAGAUGUGGAAGACUUUAAUCCCUUCAAACUAUUGGCUCGAAUAGAAGCCAAUUCAAAUGUGCGUGCUAUAGCGGGAAUUGAUGUGUCAGCUCGAUUCCCAGGUUUGGUGGUUGUGUCGUACGCAAGAUGUGAUUCACCUCAUCAACUGAAUGGACUUGCCAAAGUAUACAACUUUGAUAAAAACCCUCCAACAACAGAGUUUGUGUUGGAAUGUGACACGUCUAUCUGUCAAAUCCAAUUUGAUCACUGCAAUAAUAAGAGAGUCAUUGCUGGGUUGGCAGAUGGAAGAAUAGUGAUUUGGGAUUUGAAUGAUCCAACAAAUAGACAAUCCACAUCCACAGAAACCGAAUACAUUGUUUUACCUUCGAUCUCCAGCCCACACCCCAAUGCUACUGAUUGUAAUAACAAUUCAGCUCAUAACUCAGGUAUAUCAUCACUCACUCAGUUAUCUAUUGAGAAUAACGACUCAAUCGUCAUUACUACUUAUUCCGGAAUGGUCUCCCUAUGGUCUACAAGUAUACUUGCAUCUCCCAAAUGUUCUUCUAUUAAUAUUGUUAAAACUUCAACCAAAGAUGAUACAGGCAAUGUGAGCACUGAAAAUAUAGGGAUUGAGGGGGUGGUUGCCUUAAGAGGUGAUCUUGCUCUUCAAGAAGCUUCCUUUGCUAUCGACCAACACAAGUUUCUAAGUAAUUUAGUGGUUCUUAGUUCUAAGGGUAACUUGUACCGUCUUGGAAACGAUAUGGAGCUUAUAAAAUCAGUAUAUCAAAGUGAAACCAAGACGAGUACAGGACCCGGUGAGUCGCUACUUCCAACAUCGUUAUCAUCAUUUCUAGAGGGGAAAUACUUCAUCACAACUCAUCUUGAUAGUUCUUUGAAAUUAUGGAUGCUUACAAACCCUCAACCAUUAUUGGAAAUACCCACUAAAGACCUAAUAAUAGGUUUGGCUGUACGACCCCAUUAUGAUUUCCAGUUUGUGACUUUAGCAUUGUCAUUAACACCAAUAGUUCAAUUUUGGGAUUUGAAGGUUCGUAUGAGAUCUCCUAUAGUUGAUAUUGUUAUAACCGAAGCAACCUCUCCCACCAAAAUUGCAUUUGAUAGUGACGGAAAACAACUUGUGGUAGGGUUUCUUGAUGGGUCUGUCUCCUUGUAUGAAAUUGAUGAAACCAUAUUAAAGGAUACUUCAAGAUUAAGGCGUAAUCUUGACAUAGAUUCUGGCUUACAAGACAUGUAUUAG